GGAAGAGGAGAGGCAGCCGAAGGCCAGAAGAGGAAUGGCCUUUUAACUAAGCGAGUGCUGCUCCCCGUCCCUGUCCUUUGGCUCUUGUAUGUUGGGAGAUCAAUGUCGGUGCCUCAAAGUGCGCACAACGGAGGGUACGCACAGCCGCCGCGUCCUGGAGAGAUGGCCAACCCCAUGACGACAGCCUACCCGCAGCAUCACCAUCCCCAGCAGCUGAUGUCCUAUCCCCUCACUCACGCACACCACCCCUCCAACCAGCAGCAGCAGCCAGCCUACCCACACCCACAGCCACAACCGCACCCAUACCCGACCAGCGAGAUGGCAGGGCCAGGAGGGGGGUUCGCCGGCUACCCAGGCACAGCAAUGGACAUGCGAGGUGCCCCUCCCGGCGGUGUCACAGGAGGAGGCGGUCAAGGACAGCCCUUGAACCACUACCCGGCAGGCUCGCCGCCACCCAACGCCACCGCCACGGCUGCCAUGCCUGGCGGUCCCCCAGCCGUGGUCAUGUACCCGCCCACGGCCGCCAUCCAGAUGGGUGGCCACGGCCAGCCGGGCGGACCACCUACCUCAGCGACCAUCCCGGCACACCUGCUCAACCAGGUGCAGCAGAUGCAGCACAUGCAGCUGCUGCACCAGGCCAUCGCCGCAUCGGCAGCAGCGGCGGGCAUGCCCCUGCCGCCCAACGCCAACAUGCUGCAGGCGGCCAGCGUGCUCCAGCAGCAGCAGAUGAUGGAGCAGAUGGGCAUACCACAGCCACCGGCCACAGGAGGAGCAACAUCGGCGGCAGUCCUACCGCCACCAGCCGAGUACACGAGCCUGCGCGAGGGGAGGCGGCCGGUCGUCAAGCAGCAGGCAACCAAGAGGGACAGCAGCGACAGGGGUGUGGGGCCGGGAGAGACGAUGCCCAACGGCAACGGCAGUAUGUGUAACGGCGAGGGGGACAGUGGUUUGUUGAGUGUGGUGUUGGACGGGCUGAUGGCGCAGAUCGCCAAGGAGCCCGUCGACAAACCCGACAUAAGGUGGCCCUCAGAGGGGGACCACCCCGACGCAUUCCCGGUAGGUAGGCCCUCAUUCUAUCUGUCUGUCUGUCACAGUAUGGACGCCAAGCCUCAUGGAAUGUCCGUCUGUCUGUCUGUCUGUCUGUCAUGUUGUGUUGUAGGUGCGUAACAUAUUUGGUGAGAUUCCCGAGGGGGUGUUGGGGACAUAUCUCGGCACCAUUCAGGUGAGCCAGUGAGCUCUGAGAGCAUCUUAUUUACUUACAUAGACGGACGUUAUGGUGUGUGUCGUGUCCACCCACCCAGGGUUUCCCCAUCACAACCACGGGCAUGCCGCCACCCCACCAGCUGCCGCAAGGAGGAGUGGCGCCACCGCCGCAUGGCCACCACGGGGGACCAAACGCAUGACGGAAGGACCGAUCAGUGCAGGCAGGCAGGCAGGCAGACCAAGCCAAUAAGGCGAGACGAGGCGAGAGGAUGCGUGUGUGAUAAUGAUGGAUGGAUGGAUGGAUGCCGCUGAUGUGGGCAGGCGAGGAUUGUUUUCAGAGUGCGUGUGAGUGAGAAAGGGGGCGGGAGACUGUGGGGCAGGCAGGUAGGCAGGCUGGUUGGUUGUCUCUGGUGAAAGCAUGCACACAUCACCGUUGUGCGUGCCUUCGCUCGCUCGCCCGACCGACCGACCGACUUACUCGGCUCUCUUCUGCUAACUUCCAGACAGCAGCUGUUUGUGUGCCUGAGCGGCAGGCAGUGUGACUGUGUGACUGUGUCGUUCGGUGCGUGGGUGUGAGUCCGUGAGUGCAUGCUCUUAUGAGUGAGUGGUAUGUGCGUGUGGACAGUGGCGAAUCUGUUGAUGCUGGUAUGUACGGGAAUUAGCUACCUUACGCAUGAGAUGGAUGGAUGGAUGGAUGGCGACGUUUUGACGUAUGUGUUUCUGACUCAUUCCUGCGUCCCUUUGUGAGUGAGUGUUUGGGAGGUGUGGUGGGCUGGCUCUCCUGGCCUUUUGUCCCCUGGCGGUCUGCGUGUGGCUUGAUGGAUGGAUGGAUGGAUUGAAAUUGUGCAUGGUGCGUGCGUACAUUUGUUGCUCUCUCUCCCUCUCUCUCUGUGGGUCGCUGGAUGGGCCGAUGGGCGUACACAUAAGAAUCCCCACUACCCCUACUUACUUACACACAGACAGACAGACAUACAUACACGCACGCAAGCACCGUACACACCACACGUGCAUCCGCAUGUGCCCCCCAUGGGAUGUACCUACCUACCAUCCAGAGCAGAAAGACAUGACUGAUUCUAUUCGGGUGUCUGUCUGUGUGUCUGCAUCUGCCUGCCGGUGUGGCGUGCAAUUCCCCGGCUUGCGUGGCCGGCCCCGUCCCGUGAGAGAGAAUGUUUGGUGCCCCGUGCAUGCCAUGGGCAUGGCAUGCUUCUUGCUUGCUCGCUUCUAUGACGUACCAAAACAACCCUACUUACGAAUGGCUGGGCUGGGCUGGCUUGACCUACCUACCUGGCUGGGUGUGCGUGUGGGUGUGGGUGUGGGUGCUGCUGUAGAGUACACACAUCACGCUCCUCUCGUCUACACACAUGACUUUUUCCACGUCGUGGCUGGCCGAGGUGGGUGAGUGCGGGAAGGGGAGGAAAGCAAGCAAGGUGAGCCAGGUUCGAUUUAUGUCACCCCGCCCGCCUACCCACCAGCCCACACUCAUCAUAUCAGCACAGCCACCCUCGCUUCUUUUCCGCGUGUGUGUGUCGUCGCUGUCUGGCCGGCUGACCGAUCGCUCGACACAAUCGCAUGAGUGAGUGGCAUGGUCCGACCCACCCCCGAUUGUACGCCUGGCUGUUGUCUGUCUGUCUGUCUGUCUGGUAACCAGCCCCCCCUGUGCUGUCCUCCUUGCUUACCCCGCUGCGACUCUUUUUCCCCAACUGCCUGCCUGCCUGUCUGCCUGUCUGCCUAUCUGGAGGUCUUUUUCCGCAGAAGACCACUCACUCACUCCUCGCCCACUGUCUGAGUCAUUCACUCACUGACUGGAUGCUGGUACUGACUCUUGCUUGCUUGAAGGAACGAACGGCGUGUAUUCUGUAUAUAUUGCAGCAACACUGAUGGAUGGAUGGAUGGAUCGGUGGAUCGGUGGAAAGGGCCUUCAUUUCUCGCUCUGGUGUGUGACUGUUGGCUUCGCUGGUGGUCAGUGUAGGGAGCGGUGAAGAUGGUGAGGAUGGCCAGCAUCUGGACGGCCGGCGGGGUGGCUGGCUGGCUGGCUGGCUGGCCGAUCAACGAAGAAGGAGAGGAGGAAGGCGUUUGUGUGUGUUUGUGUCUGUCUCUCUUCUCAUCCAAGUCAGCACACGAUGGCACGGCAGACGGGCGGCAGACGGGCAGACUGUCUAUGCAUGAGCUAACGAUUGGUGCGUGCGUCUGCCUUCCUGCCUCGCUGCCUGCGCCACCUACCAAUGUGUGUGUGUGUGUGUGUGUGUCUUUCUGUGUGUCUUUCUUCCGUGUGCUGUCUGUCCUGUGCUGCGCCGUGGACGGAUGAUGGGAUGGGAAAGACAGACAAAGUGUGCCCAGCCCACCUGAGUGAGAGCAUUCAUUCAUGUGUGCACAGUGUGUGAAUGAAUGAAUGAAUGAAUGUGUUUUGUUGUUGUUGUUGAUCAUCGACGCGUGUUGGAAUGCCUCCUCCCCUCCCUUGAUCCCUUCGUCCCAUCCCCUGCUUACGCGUGACGUGACACGUGUGUUCGUGUGUGCAUUGACUGCAAUGCAUUGCAUUCAUGAAAAGCGAUCUGACUGUCUCUCUGUCUGCUUGACAAGACUUUCAGUAGCUGCGUUGGGUUCGAACUCGG